CGGCAGGCUGGCUAGCGGGCGGCUGCGGGCGGACGCCGAGCGAGCUGUUGAGCGAGCGGAGCGGGCCGGGCCAUGGGGCGGCGGGCGGCGGGCGCGCUGCUGCUGACGCUGCUGCUGCUGCACGGACUGCUGCUGGCGGUGACCCACGGGCUGAGGGCAUACGAUGGCUUGUCCCUGCCAGAAGAUGCAGAAACAAUCACAGCCGGCCGGGCGGGCUGGAGCUACUCAGACCUUUCUGAUGACGAGGACUUCCUGGCUGAUGAGGCCUCCGGAGACGGUGUGGGCAGCGGUGACCUGGGCAGCGGGGACUUCCAGAUGGUUUAUUUCCGAGCGCUGGUAAAUUUCACUCACUCCAUUGACUAUAGCCCUCAGCUGGAGGACGCAGGCUCCGAGGAGUUCCGAGAGGUGUCGGAGGCUGUGGUAGACACGCUGGAGUCAGAGUACCUGAAGAUCCCUGGAGACCAGGUUGUCAGCGUGGUGUUCAUCAAAGAGCUGGACGGCUGGGUCUUUGUGGAGCUGGAUGUGGGCUCGGAAGGGAAUGCCGAUGGGGCCCAGAUUCAGGAGGUGCUGCACGGCGUUAUCUCCAGCGGCUCCAUCGCCUCCUACAUCACCUCUCCCCAGGGAUUCCAGUUCCGACGCCUGGGCACAGCACAGACACCCCCGCCCCCCCCGGCCGCUGUGGCGGCCGCAGUGACACCAGUGCCCCAGGUCCCCAGAGCCUGCACCGAGGCGGAGUUUGCCUGCCACCGCUAUAAUGAGUGUGUGCCCCUGGAGUACCACUGUGACCGGAGGCCUGACUGCAGGGACAUGUCUGACGAGCUCGAUUGUGAGGAGCCGAUGCCCACACUCAGCUCCCAGCUGCCCCAUCUGGGGGCCACUCCACCGCCGCCAGCCCAACCAGAAGCACUCCCUACCCAGCAGCGCCCAGUCACCCCAGCCCCCCAGGCCGCACUGCCCAGCCCAGGCAGGCCUGUGCCCUGUGGGCCGCAUGAAGCUGCGUGUCACAGCGGACACUGCAUCCCCAAAGACUAUGUGUGCGACGGGCAAGAGGACUGCGCCGAUGGCAGUGAUGAAGUGGACUGCGGUCCCACCCCGCCCUGUGAGCCCAAUGAGUUCCCCUGUGGAAACGGGCACUGUGCCCUCAAACUCUGGCGCUGCGAUGGCGACUUUGACUGUGAGGACCACACCGACGAGGCCGACUGCCCCGUCAAGCGCCCCGAGGACGUCUGUGGGCCCACCAAGUUCCGCUGCGUGUCCACAAACACCUGCAUCCCGGCCAGCUUCCACUGUGACGAGGAGAGCGACUGUCCGGACCGCAGCGACGAGUUUGGCUGCAUGCCUCCCCAGGUGGUGACCCCUCCCCAGGAGCUGAUCCAGGCUUCCCGGGGCCAGACGGUGACCUUCACCUGCGUGGCCAUCGGCGUCCCCACCCCUAUCAUCAACUGGAGACUCAAUUGGGGCCACAUCCCCUCACAUCCCAGGGUGAUGGUGACCAGUGAGGGCGGCCGCAGUACGCUGACCAUCCACGGCGUGAAGGAGGCAGACCAGGGUGCCUACACCUGUGAGGCCAUGAACGCCCGAGGCAUGGUGUUCGGCAUUCCCGACGGCGUCCUGGAGCUCAUCCCACAGCGGGGUCCCUGCCCUGACGGGCACUUCUACCUGGAGCACAGCGCCUCCUGCCUACCCUGCUUCUGCUUCGGCGUCACCAACGUGUGCCAGAGCAGCCGCCGCUUCCGGGACCAGAUCCGGCUGCGCUUUGACCAGCCCAACGACUUCAAGGGCGUGAACGUGACGAUGCCCGCGCAGCCCGGCAUGCCACCCGUCUCCUCCACCCAGCUGCAGAUCGACACCGCUCUGCAGGAGUUCCAGCUGGUCGACCUGUCCCGACGCUUCCUGGUCCACGACUCCUUCUGGGCUCUGCCCGAGCAGUUCCUGGGCAACAAGGUGGACUCCUACGGUGGCUCCCUGCGCUUCCGGGUGCGCUAUGAGCUGGCACGCGGCACGCUGGAGCCAGUGCAGCGGCCGGACGUGGUCCUUGUGGGCGCCGGCCACCGCCUGCUCUCCCGGGGCCACACGCCCUCCCAGCCGGGGGUCCCGAACCAGCGCCAGGUCCAGCUCUCUGAGGAGCACUGGGUGCAUGAGUCUGGCCGGCCGGUGCAGCGGGCAGAGAUGCUGCAGGUGCUGCAGAGCCUGGAGGCGGUGCUCAUCCAGACGGUGUACGACCACAAGAUGGCCAGCGUGGGGCUGAGUGACGUGGCCAUGGAUACCACCGUCACCUACGCCACCAGCCACGGCCGCGCCCACAGCGUUGAGGAGUGCAGAUGCCCCAUCGGCUAUUCCGGCUUGUCCUGUGAGAGCUGUGAUGCCCACUUCACCCGGGUGCCCGGGGGGCCCUACCUGGGCACCUGCUCUGGCUGCAACUGCAAUGGCCACGCCAGCUCUUGUGACCCUGUGUAUGGCCACUGCCUGAACUGCCAGCACAACACGGAGGGACCACAGUGCAACAAAUGCAAGGCGGGCUUCUUCGGGGACGCCACCAAGGCCACAGCCACUGCCUGCCGGCCCUGCCCUUGCCCAUACAUCGACGCCUCCCGCAGGUUCUCGGACACCUGCUUCCUGGACACGGAUGGCCAAGCCACGUGUGAUGCAUGUGCCCCAGGCUACACAGGCCGCCGCUGUGAGAGCUGUGCCGCUGGCUACGAGGGCAACCCCAUCCAGCCCAACGGGAAGUGCAGGCCCACCAACCAGCAGAUUGUGCGCUGUGAUGAGCGAGGCAGCACGGGGUCCUCUGGGGAGGCCUGCCUCUGCAAGAACAACGUGGUGGGGCGCCUUUGCAACGAGUGUGUGGCCGGCUCUUUCCACCUGAGUGCCCGCAACCCCGACGGCUGCCUCAAGUGCUUCUGUAUGGGCGUCAGUCGCCAGUGCACCAGCUCCUCCUGGCGCCGUGCCCAGGUGCUGGGGGCCUCCGAGGAGCCCACUCGGUUCAGCCUGACCAACCCCACGGGCACCCACAAUGCCAGCGAGGGCAUCUCGUCGCCCUCGCCCGGGGAACUGGUCUUCUCCUCCUUCCACAGCCUGCCACCUGGGCCCUACUUCUGGAGCCUCCCUCCGCGCUUCCUGGGGGACAAGGUGACCUCCUAUGGCGGAGAGCUGCGCUUUACGGUGACCCAGCGGCCCCAGCCUGGCUCUGCGCCCCUGCAUAGGCAGCCGCUGGUGGUCCUGCAGGGCAAUAACAUCAUCUUGGAGCACCACACCUCCCAGGAGUCCAGCUCCGGCCAGCCUAGCACCUUCACCGUGCCCUUCUGGGAGCAAGCGUGGCAGCGGCCUGACGGGCAGCCGGCCACGCGGGAGCACCUGCUGAUGGCAUUAGCGGACAUCGACAGCCUCCUGGUUCAGGCAUCCCACACCCAGCGGCCAGCUGAGAGCAGGGUCUCCGGCAUCAGCAUGGACGUGGCCGUGCCUGAGGACACUGGCCAGGACCCUGCGCUGGAGGUGGAGCAGUGUGCCUGCCCGCCUGGGUACCGUGGUCCGUCCUGCCAGGACUGUGACACAGGCUACACACGCAUGCCCAGCGGCCUCUACCUGGGCACCUGUGAACGCUGCAGCUGCCACGGCCACACCGAGGUCUGUGAGCCCGAGACAGGCGCCUGCCAGGAAUGUCAGCACCAUACAGAGGGCCCCCGGUGUGAGCAGUGCCAGCCCGGGUACUACGGGGACACCCAGCGUGGGACACCACACGACUGCCAGCCGUGCCCCUGCCACGGAGCGCCCGCUGCCGGCCAAGCCACCCACACUUGCUUUCUGGACACAGACGGCCACCCCACCUGCGAUGCAUGUUCCCCAGGCCACAGCGGGCGUCACUGUGAGAGGUGUGCACCAGGUUAUUAUGGCAACCCCAGCCAGGGCCAGCACUGUCAAAGAAGCGACGGCCAGUUGCCAGAGCAGAUCGGUUGUGGCUGUGACCCCCAGGGCAGCGUCAGCGACCAGUGUGAUGCUGCUGGGCAGUGCCAGUGCAAGGCCCAGGUGGAAGGCCUCACCUGCAGCCAGUGCCGGCCCCACCACUUCCACCUGAGCGCCAGCAACCCGGACGGCUGCCUGCCCUGCUUCUGCAUGGGUGUCACCCAGCAGUGCGCCAGCUCCUCCUACACUCGCCAGCUGAUCUCUACCCGCUUUGCCCCCGGGGACUUCCAAGGCUUUGCCCUGGUGAACCCGCAGCGGAACAGCCGCUUGACUGGAGGCUUCACCGUGGAACCCGUGCCUGAGGGCACCCAGCUCUCUUUUGGCAACUUCGCCCAGCUUGGCCACGAGUCCUUCUACUGGCAGCUCCCGGAGACGUACCAGGGAGACAAGAGGGAGGCAUAUUUUGCUCGGAUGCGACGGGCUCACCAGAACCGCACGUCCCUCUCAGAGGAGCAGUUGCGGGCAGCCAUGACCACUGGGAGGAUCCUGGGGCCCCCACAGGGCAAGGGCCGGGCACAGCAGCUCUCACAGGUGGAUGAGGCCCAAAGGCGGAUGGAUGCUGAAAUCUGGCAGCUCCUCUCCAGCUUUGCUGCCCACCCCCCGGCCCCUCCCCAGAGACUCUCGCCCCAUCCCCAGCCUGCAGCUGCUCUGCGAGCAGCUCCGCCCUCCUCCCCCUCUGCCUCCCCUUCCUCCUCCUCUGCCUUCUCUGCUUCUCUGUCUUCUGCAGUGGGCGCUCAGUUCUCUCUCUCCUACAAAGGCUUCCCUCUGCUUCCUGAAAGCCUCUAUUAUUGGCAGCUGCCCAGAACCUUCCUGGGGAACAAGGUGGCGGCCUAUGGCGGGAAGCUGCGGUACACCCUGUCCUACACGGCGGGGGCCCAAGGCAGCCCACUCUCUGACCCUGACGUCCAGAUCACGGGCAACAACAUCAUGCUGGUAGCCUCCCAGCCAGCGCUGCAGGGCCCAGAGAGGAAGAGCUACGAGGUCGUUUUCCGAGAGGAAUUCUGGCACCGGCCCGACGGGCAGCCAGCCACCCGUGAGCACCUCCUGAUGGCGCUGGCUGACCUGGAUGAGCUCCUGGUCCGGGCCACGUUCUCCUCCAUGCCGUUGGCAGCCAGCAUCAGCGGGGUCAGCCUUGAGGUCGCCCAGCCAGGCCCCUCCGAGGGACCCCGGGCCCUGGAGGUGGAGGAAUGCCGCUGCCCCCCGGGCUACGUCGGCUUGUCCUGCCAGGACUGCGCCCCCGGCUACACGCGCACCGGGAGUGGGCUCUACCUCGGCCACUGUGAGCUGUGUGAAUGCAACGGCCACUCAGACCUGUGCCACCCGGAGACCGGGGCCUGCUCGCAAUGCCAGCACAACGCGGCUGGGGAGUUCUGUGAGCAGUGUGCCCCUGGCCACUAUGGAGAUGCCACGGCCGGAACACCCGAGGACUGCCAGCCCUGCGCCUGCCCGCUGACCAACCCAGAGAACAUGUUUUCCCGCACCUGUGAAAGCCUGGGAGCUGGAGGGUACCGCUGCACAGCCUGUGAAUCUGGCUACACUGGCCAGUACUGUGAGCAGUGUGCCCCGGGAUAUGUGGGUAAUCCCAAUGUGCCAGGGGGGCGGUGCCUGCCGCAGGCAGACCAAGCCCCGCUGGUGGUGCAGGUCCAUCCAGCUCGGAGCGUAGUACCCCAAGGCGGCCCCCACUCCCUGCGGUGCCAGGUCAGCGGGAGCCCACCCCACUACUUCUACUGGUCUCGUGAAGAUGGGCGGCCCUUGCCCAGCAGCACCCAGCAGCGACAUCAAGGCUCGGAGCUGCACUUCCCCAGCGUCCAGCCCUCGGAUGCUGGAGUCUACAUUUGCACCUGUCGGAAUCUCCAUCAUGCCAACACCAGCCGGGCAGAGCUGCUGGUCACUGAGGCUCCCGGCAAACCCAUCACGGUCACGGUGGAGGAGCAACGCAGCCAGAGCGUGCGCCCUGGAGCCGACGUCACCUUCAUCUGCACAGCCAAGAGCAAGUCUCCGGCUUAUACCCUGGUGUGGACCCGCCUGCAUAAUGGGAAACUGCCAAGCCGCGCCAUGGAUUUCAACGGUAUCCUGACCAUUCGCAACGUACAGCCCAGUGACGCGGGCACAUACGUGUGCACCGGCUCCAAUAUGUUCGCCAUGGACCAGGGCACAGCCACGCUGCACGUGCAAGCCUCGGCCACACCGUCCGCCCCCGUGGUCUCCAUCCACCCGCCGCAGCUCACAGUGCAGCCAGGCCAGAUGGCCGAGUUCCGCUGCAGUGCCACGGGGCACCCCACGCCCAGCCUUGAGUGGACAGGGGGCCCUGGUGGCCAGCUCCCUCAGAAAGCCCAGGUACAUCGUGGCAUCCUGCGCCUGCCAGCCGUUGAGGCCUCGGAUCAAGGCCAGUACCUGUGCCGCGCGCACAGCAGCGCCGGGCAGCACGUGGCCAGGGCCGUGCUCCACGUGCACGGGGGCAGCGGGCCCAGGAUCCAGGUGAGCCCAGAGAGGACCCAGGUACACGAAGGCCGCACCGUCAGGCUGUACUGCAGGGCUGCGGGGGUGCCUAGUGCCACCAUCACCUGGAGGAAGGAAGGGGGCAGCCUCCCCCCACAGGCCCGCGCAGAGCGCACAGACAUUGCCACACUUCUUAUCCCUGCCAUCACGGCCGCCGACGCCGGCUUCUACCUCUGUGUGGCCACCAGCCCCGCGGGCACCGCCCAGGCCCGGAUUCAAGUGGUCGUCCUUCCAGGUGCCACCACCCCACCGGUCAGGAUUGAGUCCUCUUCACCUUCUGUGACCGAAGGACAGACCCUGGACCUCAACUGCGUGGUGGCAGGGCUGGCCCACAGCCAGAUCACAUGGUACAAGCGAGGGGGCAGCCUGCCUCCCCACGCCCAGGUGCACGGCUCCCGGCUGCGUCUGCCCCAGGUUUCACCAGCCGAUUCUGGAGAAUAUGUGUGCCGAGUGGAGAACGGUUCAGGCCCCAAGGAGGCCUCCAUCAUCGUCUCUGUCCUCCACAGCCGCCAUCCGGGCCCCGGCUACACCCCAGCUCCCGGUGGAGCCCCAGCUCCAGGCGGUACCCAGCCCAUCCGCAUCGAGCCCUCCUCCUCUCAUGUGGCUGAAGGGCAGACGCUGGAUCUGAACUGCGUGGUCCCCGGGCAGGCCCACGCCCAGGUCACGUGGUACAAACGUGGUGGCAGCCUCCCCGCCCGGCACCAGACCCACGGCUCGCUGCUGCGACUGCACCAGGUGUCCCCAGCCGACUCGGGAGAGUACGUGUGUCGUGUGGUCCUGGGCUCUGGGCCCCUUGAGACUUCAGUCCUGGUCUCCAUCGAGGCCUCCGAUGCCGGCACCAUCCCCGCCCCGGGACCCGUCCCGCCCGUCAGGAUCGAGUCCUCGUCCCCCACGGUGGCCGAGGGGCAGACUCUGGACCUAAACUGCGUGGUGGCGGGCCAGGCCCACGCCCCGGUCACGUGGUACAAACGUGGGGGCACCCUCCCGGCCCGGCACCAGGUGCGUGGCUCCCGCUUGUACGUCUUCCAGGCCUCCCCGGCAGACGCAGGCGAGUAUGUCUGCAGGGCCAGCAACGGCGUGGAGGCCUCCAUCACAGUCACGGUCACCAAGACCCAGGGCGCCAGCUUCGCCUACCCUCCUGGUGGCACCCAGCCCAUCCGCAUCGAGCCCUCUUCCUCCCGUGUGGCCGAAGGGCAGACCCUGGAUCUAAACUGCGUGGUCCCUGGGCAGGCCCACGCCCAGGUCACGUGGCAUAAGCGUGGGGGCAGCCUGCCUGCCCGGCACCAGACCCACGGCUCCCUCCUGAGACUGUACCAGGUGUCUCCGGCCGACUCAGGCGAGUACGUGUGCCGGGUGGUGGUCGGUUCAGUGCCCCUGGAGUCCUCUGUCCUGGUCAGGAUUGAGCCUGCAGACUCUGUGCCUGUGCUGGGGGUCACCCCCCCGGUCCGGAUCGAGUCAUCCUCCUCACACGUGGCUGAAGGACAGACCCUGGAUCUGAACUGCCUGGUUUCUGGGCAGCCCCACGCCCAGGUCACGUGGCACAAGCGUGGGGGCAGCCUUCCCUCCCAGCACCAGGUGCAUGGCUCCAGGCUGCGGCUGCCCCAGAUGACGCCAGCGGACUCUGGGGAGUACGUGUGCCGCGUGGUCAGCGGCUCAGGCACCCAGGAAGCCUCAGUCCUCGUCACUAUCCAGCAGCGCCGUGGCCCCAUCCGCUACCAGAAUGUGGUGUACCCCGUCCGCAUUGAGUCCUCCUCUGAAUCCCUGGCCAACGGGCGCACCCUGGACCUCAACUGCCUGGUGGCCAGCCAAGCCCCCCAUACCAUCACCUGGUACAAGCGUGGAGGCAGCCUCCCAAGCCGGCACCAGAUCGUGGGCUCCAGGCUUCGGAUCCCCCAGGUGACACCCGCAGACUCGGGUGAGUACGUGUGUCAUGUCAGUAACGGUGCUGGCUCCCAGGAGACCUCGCUCAUCGUCACCAUCCAGGGCGGUGACUCCUCCCACGUGCCCAGUGUCUCCCCGCCAAUCAGGAUCGAGUCCUCGUCCCCCACGGUGGUCGAAGGGCAGACCCUGGAUCUGAACUGCGUGGUCGCUGGGCAGCCCCAGGCCACCAUCACGUGGUACAAGCGUGGGGGCAGCCUUCCCGCUCGACACCAGGCCCACGGCUCCCGCCUAAGGCUGCACCAGAUGUCCGUGGCAGAUUCGGGCGAGUAUGUGUGCCGGGCCAACAACAACAUCGAUGCCCUGGAGGCCUCCAUUGUGGUCUCAGUCUCCCCCGGCACUGGUGGCCCCUCUGGCCCCGGCGGGACCAUGCCCAUCAGGAUCGAGUCGUCGUCUUCCCACGUGGCUGAAGGGCAGACCCUGGAUCUGAACUGCGUGGUCCCUGGCCAGGCCCACGCACAGGUCACGUGGCACAGGCGUGGAGGCAGCCUCCCGGCUCACCACCAGACCCAUGGCUCACGGCUGCGGCUGCACCGGGUGUCCCCGGCCGACUCAGGCGAGUAUGUGUGUCGCGUGGCCCUCGGCUCUGGGCCCCUGGAGGCCUCCGUCCUGGUCACCAUUGAAGCUUCCGGCUCUGGCACCGUUGUCGUCCCUGCCCCGGGCGGAGCCCCACCCAUCCGCAUCGAGACCUCCUCUUCCCACGUGGCCGAAGGGCAGACCCUGGAUCUGAAAUGCGUGGUGCCUGGCCAGGCCCAUGCCCAGGUCACCUGGCACAGGCGUGGAGGCAGCCUCCCUGCUCGGCACCAGGUCCACGGCCCGCUGCUGAGGCUGAACCACGUGUCCCCCGCCGACUCUGGCGAAUACUCCUGCCAAGUGUCCAGCAGCUCAGGCACCCUGGAGGCUUCCGUCCUGGUCAACAUCGAGGCUUCCAGCCCAAGUCCCAUUCCUGCCCCAGGACUCGCCCAGCCCAUCCACAUCGAGGCCUCCUCCUCCCACGUGACUGAGGGGCAGACCCUCGAUCUGAACUGUGUGGUCCCUGGGCAGGCCCACGCCCAGGUCACGUGGCACAAGCGCGGGGGCAGCCUGCCCGCGCGGCACCAGACCCACGGCUCCCGGCUACGGCUCCACCACGUCUCCCAGACUGACUCUGGAGAAUAUGUGUGCCGCGUGGUUGGCGGCUCAGGGUCUGAGCAGGAAGCCUCCUUCACCAUCACUGUUCCACCCAGUGCAGGGUCCUCCUACCGUCUUAGGAGCCCUGUGAUCUCCAUCGACCCGCCCAGCAGCAUCGUGCAGCAGGGCCAAGAUGCCAGCUUCAAGUGCCUCAUCCAUGACGGGGCAGCCCCCAUCAGCCUUGAGUGGAAGACUCGGAACCAGGAGCUGGAAGACAACGUCCGCAUCAGCCCCAAUGGCUCCAUCAUCACCAUCGUGGGCGCCCGGCCCAGCAACCACGGGGCCUACCGCUGCGUGGCCUCCAAUGCCUACGGCGUGGCCCAGAGUGUCGUGAACCUCAGUGUGCACGGGCCCCCUACGGUGUCUGUGCUCCCCGAGGGCCCUGUGCGGGUGAAGCUGGGAAAGGACGUCACCCUGGAGUGUGUCAGUGCCGGCGAGCCCCGCUCUUCUGCUCGCUGGACCCGGAUCGGUGCCCCCACCCACUUGGAGCAGCGGGCGCAUGGGCUUCUGGACAGCCACACGGUGCUGCAGAUUUCAUCAGCUAAACCGUCAGAUGCGGGCACCUAUGUCUGCCUAGCUCAGAAUGCACUGGGCACGGCGCAGAAGCGAGUGGAAGUGAUUGUAGACACUGGUGCCGUGGCCCCAGGGGCCCCCCAGGUCCAGGUGGAAGAAGUCGAGCUGACUGUGGAAGCCGGACACACAGCCACCCUGCGCUGCUCAGCCACAGGCAGCCCCAAGCCCACAAUCCACUGGUCCAAGCUGCGCUCCCCGCUGCCCUGGCAGCACCGGCUGGAAGGCGACACACUCAUCAUCCCGCGGGUGGCCCAGCAGGACUCAGGCCAGUACAUCUGCAAUGCCUCCAGCCCGGCCGGGCACGCAGAAGCCACCGUCGUCCUGCACGUAGAGAGCCCGCCCUAUGCCACCACCGUCCCGGAGCACGCCUCGGUGCGAGCCGGGGAGGCCGUGCAGCUGCAGUGCCUGGCUCACGGGACGCCCCCGCUGACCUUCCAGUGGAGCCGCGUGGGUGGCCGCCUCCCAGCGGGGGCCACCACCAGGGGCGAGCUGCUGCUGUUCGAGGCCGCAGCCCCCGAGGACUCGGGCCGCUACCGCUGCCAGGUCACCAACAGGGUGGGCUUGGCCGAGGCCUUCGCCCAGGUGCUCGUCCAAGGCCCCUCUGGCUCUCUCCCCGCCACACCUGCACCAGCAGGAUCCGCACCCACAGUCCAGGUCACGCCUCAGCUGGAGACCAAGAGCAUAGGGGCCAGCGUGGAGUUCCACUGUGUCGUGCCCAGCGACCCAGGCACCCAGCUGCGCUGGUUCAAGGAAGGGGGUCCGCUGCCUCCCGGCCACAGUGUGCAUGAUGGGGUGCUCCGAAUCCAGAACUUGGACCAGAAUUGCCAAGGAACCUAUGUGUGCCAGGCCCAGGGACCAUGGGGACAGGCCCAGGCCAGUGCCCAGCUGGUUGUCCAAGCUCUGCCAUCUGUACUCAUCAACAUCCGGACCUCUGUGCAGUCCGUGGUGGUCGGCCACGCCGUGGAGUUCGAGUGCCUGGCCCUCGGGGACCCCAAGCCCCAGGUGACAUGGAGCAAAGUGGGCGGGCGCCUGCGGCCGGGCAUUGUGCAGAGCGGAGGCGUCGUCAGAAUCGCCCACGUGGAGUUGGCCGACGCGGGGCAAUACCGCUGCACCGCCAGCAACGCCGCGGGCACCACUCAGUCCCACGUGCUGCUGCUCGUGCAAGCCUUGCCCCAGAUCUCCACGCCCCCUGAGGUCCGCGUGCCCGCGGGUUCUACAGCUGUCUUCCCUUGCAUGGUCUCUGGCUACCCCGCUCCUGAAAUCACCUGGAGCAAGCUGGACGGGAACCUGCCGCCAGACAGCCGCCUAGAGAACCACAUGCUGCUGCUGCCCUCAGUCCAGCCCCAGGAUGCGGGCACGUACGUCUGCACCGCCACCAACCGCCAGGGCAAGGUCAAGGCCUUCGCCCAGUUGCAGGUGCCAGAGCGCGUAGUGCCCUACUUCACGCAGACCCCCUACUCCUUCCUGCCACUGCCCACCAUCAAGGACGCCUACAGGAAGUUUGAGAUCAAGAUCACCUUCCGGCCGGACUCCGCGGAUGGAAUGCUGCUGUACAACGGGCAGAAGCAGAUCCCAGGGAGCCCCGCCAACCUGGCCAACAGGCAGCCCGACUUCAUCUCCUUCGGCCUCGUGGGCGGGAGGCCCGAGUUCCGGUUUGACGCAGGGUCGGGCAUGGCUACCAUCCGCCACCCCACGCCGCUGGCCCUGGGCCAGUUCCACACUGUGACCCUGCUGCGGAGCCUCACCCAGGGCUCCCUGAUCGUGGGCAGCCUGGCACCAGUCAACGGCAGCUCGCAGGGCAAGUUCCAGGGCUUGGACCUGAAUGAGGAGCUCUACCUGGGCGGCUACCCUGACUACGGCGCCAUCCCCAAGGCAGGGCUGAGCAGCGGCUUUAUAGGCUGUGUCCGAGAGCUGCGCAUCCAAGGCGAGGAGAUCGUCUUCCACGACCUCAACCUCACGGCGCAUGGCAUCUCCCACUGCCCCACCUGUCGGGACCGGCCCUGCCAGAACGGGGGCCAGUGCCAGGACUCGGAGAGCAGCAGCUACGUGUGUGUGUGCCCAGCUGGCUUCACCGGGAGCCGCUGUGAGCACUCACAGGCUCUGCACUGCCACCCAGAGGCCUGUGGGCCCGACGCCACGUGUGUGAACCGGCCCGACGGCCGCGGCUACAACUGCCGCUGCCACCUGGGCCGCUCGGGGAUGAGGUGUGAGGAAGGUGUGACCGUGACCACUCCCUCCCUGUCGGGCACGGACUCCUACCUGGCACUGCCCGCUCUCACCAACACACACCACGAGCUGCGCCUGGACGUGGAGUUCAAGCCGCUGGCGCCCGAUGGGGUGCUGCUGUUCAGUGGAGGGAAGAGCGGGCCGGUGGAGGACUUCGUGUCCCUGGCGAUGGUCGGCGGCCACCUGGAGUUCCGCUACGAGCUGGGCUCAGGCCUGGCUGUCCUGCGGAGCGCCGAGCCGCUGGCCCUGGGCCGCUGGCACCACGCGUCUGCGGAGCGUCUCAACAAGGACGGCAGCCUGAGGGUGAACGGCGGGCGGCCCGUGUUGCGCUCCUCACCUGGCAAGAGCCAGGGCCUCAACCUGCACACCCUGCUCUACCUGGGCGGCGUGGAGCCAGCCGUGCAGCUGCCCCCGGCCACCAACGUGAGCGCUCACUUCCACGGCUGUGUGGGUGAGGUGUCAGUCAACGGAAAGCGGCUGGACCUCACCUACAGCUUCCUGGGCAGCCGGGGCGUCGGGCAGUGCUACGACAGCUCGCCGUGUGAGCGCCAGCCCUGUCGCCACGGCGCCACGUGCAUGCCCGCGGGCGAGUACGAGUUCCAGUGUCUGUGUCGAGAUGGCUUCAAAGGAGACCUCUGUGAGCACGAGGAGAACCCUUGCCAGCUCCACGAGCCCUGUCUACACGGGGGCACCUGCCAGGGCACUCGCUGCCUCUGUCCCCCCGGCUUUUCAGGCCCACGCUGCCAACACAGCUCUGGACACAGCCUGGUGGAGUCCGACUGGCAUCUUGAAGGCAGCGGGGGAAACGAUGCCCCUGGGCAGUACGGAGCCUUCUUCUACGACAACGGCUUCCUCGCUCUCCCAGGCCGCAUCUUCUCCAGGAGCCUCCCCGAGGUGCCUGAGACCAUCGAGCUGGAGGUUCGGACCAGCACGGCCAGCGGCCUCCUGGUCUGGCAGGGCGAGGAGACAGGACAGUCCACGCGAGGCAAGGACUUCAUCAGUCUUGGGCUUCAGGAUGGGCACCUCGUCUUCAGCUACCAGCUGGGCAGCGGGGAGGCCCGCCUGGUCUCCGAAGACCCCAUUAACGACGGCGAGUGGCAUCGUGUGACGGCACUGCGAGAGGGCCAGAGAGGCUCCAUCCAGGUGGACGGAGAGGAGCUGGUGAGCGGCCAGUCCCCAGGCCCGAACGUGGCGGUCAACACCAAGGGCAGCGUCUACAUCGGCGGAGCCCCCGACGUGGCCGUGCUGACCGGGGGCAGGUUCUCCUCGGGCAUCACGGGCUGCAUCAAGAACCUGGUGCUGCACUCUGCCCGGCCCGGCGGCGCCCCCCCGCAGCCAGUGGACAUGCAGCACCGUGCCCAGGCGGGGGCCAACACACGCCCCUGCCCCUCAUAGGCACUGCCCACCCCGCAUGGACUCCCGGGCCAUGCCCCAGCCCCGCGACGGCGACUAUAUUAUUAUUAAUAUUAUUAUUAUGAUGAUGAGGAAUAUUUUGUAUGAAACCGAGGCGAUGCCACGCUUUGCUGCUACUGCCCUGGGCUGGACUGGAGGGUGGGCACGUCACCUCCGCCCCCACCCACAAACACACCUGGGCAGAGCCACAGGCUGCGGGCACAGCAGGUUGCACCAGAGCCGGUGCCUCGGGGGCCACCAGAACUUGGGGUUAGGCACGGUGGCUCAGUGGGGUCAGACCCGCCUCCACCAACGGAGCCCCUCACAAGGCAGUGCUGGGCCGCCCAUUUGUUCAGCCCCGGGGUGGCGGCCCUCAUUUCUGCAGAGCCGACAUCGGCUUCCAGCCAGGCACCUUGCCAGCCACCUUGGAGCCUCACCAGCUACCCAGAGUGGAGGGCAUCAAUUGGCCUUGGCCACCCUCCUCUGGGUUGGGAAGGCUCUUUAGUGCCAACUGUGGAGCAAAAGGCAGCUCACCCCCGGGCAAGCAGCCCGCCCCCACCCCCCGCCACCAGCCCACGUCCCAGCCCCAUUCCACCCCCACCAGACCAGCCGGGCCCCCAGCCCCUGGCAGCCUCCCCUUCCCACCAAGCCCUCCUGGCCUGCAUUGCCCCCUCCCCACCAACCCCACACCUAGCCCAGGGCCCCCUUGCCCUCAAGGGGCUGCAAAGGAAACUCCACCCCACUCAUACCAGGAGCUGCUACAGGCAGAGCCCCGCACUGAGAGGGGCUCCCUGCCCGCGCCAGGCCACUUCCCGCCCCCCACGGAUCUGGAAGUGAAGGACCAGGGGACGUGGGGGGAGGAGACCUUAGUGGUCAGAAAGAGUAAGUGCCUUGGGUGCGGGGAGCUGGGACACAGGACUGGGAGGGGCAGGGAGGGGACGUGCCCGUCCUGCCCCACCUGCGGGCGCCCGAGGGCCCGCCUGCCAGCAGCCCCCAGACGUGGGGCCGGGACGCCUGGCCUCUGUGUCCUAGGAAGGGCCCUCCUGUGGUCUUUGUCUUGAUCUUUCUUAAUAAACGGUGCUAUCCCCGC